AUGGACGCCCCAGGCGGCGAACUCGCAGCUACGGAGCAUGACGCAGGUGUGCGCAGGGAGCGGCCGUGGCUUUAUGCAUCGAAUCGAAAGCUUCGGCAUCUCCAUGGUAUCUCUGUGCGCAACCUGGUGGUCACGCCCCCUCCAAAUAGAGCUCGAGGCAAGACCAUUGAUGACGACGAUAUCCCAAACACCCUGAAGUCGCCCGCCAAACUCCUAGCCCAAAAUGAGUCUCGAGCCCUACAACCUUCACGGUCCUUCACAGAUCUCAAGUUACGCGCGAGCCAAGAUGACCACGCAGACAAGAGACCCGACAUGCGCGAGUCGCGUCGCCGAAGCCUGUUGCCUUGGAACGAUCCCAACCCUCACACGCGGCAAAUCCGGCUAGAGGACAUUACUAAGAAUCGUAUGGCGGAUACUUUCUUUUCAUUCCACUGUGAUGGCAUUGAGGAGCCGGUCUAUAUCAGCGAAGUGGUUAAUAAAGCAACCAAUCCCAGCUUUCGGUUUUUCGACCUAGAUUUCUGCGGUCCCGCAGUGUCCCGCCGGGAUGCAUUGACUCUAAAGCUGUGGGCAAAGACAGAGAACAUGUCCGAGUACGUCCUGCUGGUGGAAUUACAGCAACACUUGCGCUCUUUGCAGUUCCUGGGGAAGACAAUCGAAGCCUUCCAUCAGCCUCUUCCGGCCAACUGCAUCCUGUUUCACUUCCCCGACGGGGUGUACACGAACUUGACUGAUAUCCCGCCGGUUGAGUCGCCACUCAAUGGCGCCGGCCAACGGAGUACUGCUGACGGCGCGGUUCUACCUACAUCUUCCUACGACGCAUUGAUGCGGUUGGCGAACCUAGACGAGUGCAUUCAAGACGCCCUAGCGACCCGUGAAAAAUUAGAGACGCAGAUUGGAGAGAUAUUGAAGAAGAAUGAGGCCGCUUUAACGGCGGAGAGCGAGGCAGCUAAAGCACUGGAUCGCCUCGCCUCGUUCAGACAGGCUAUCGCUGUCGAGCGCAAGCAGAUUCGAGGUGCGAACAAGUGUAAGGAGGACCUUAUUUCUAGCAUCAAAGCUCGGAAAGACGCCAUGGAACAGGGCUGGCUCGCGCAAGAGAAGGCUCGCAGUCACCUGCCCGAUGCUCAGGAGAAACUUGUCAGCAGCGAGCAAUUGCUCAACCAGACUGCCGAGGAGACGAAGGGCCAGAUUCGGCGCAUUGCCGAGGACCUGAUGGUAAUCUAUCCGAUUGAUCCGAUUCCUGACAAGACAUUGGCAUUUACCAUUGCCGGGUUGCCACUCCCUAAUUCCAGCUUUGACGAUAUCAACCGCGAAGAGGUUGCUGCGGCGCUGGGUCAUACUGCUCACCUUGUAUACCUGCUCUCUUUUUAUCUCUCUGUUGCGAUACCCUAUCCCAUUAGUCCAAACCUGUCAACCUCCUUGAUCCAGGAUCCAGUGUCUCAAGACCUGCCGCAGCGCACCUUCCCCCUCUACCCCGUGAGCGUCCAAUACCGAUUUGAAUAUGGUGUCUUUCUCUUGAACAAAGACAUUGAGUUUUUGCUCAACAAGCAAGGCAUCCGGGGUCUGGAUAUUCGACACACCCUCCCAAAUCUCAAAUAUCUCUUUUACAUCCUGACUGCUGGGACGCCGGAUAUCCCUGCUCGCAAAGCGGGUGGCAUUCGUGGUCUUCUUGCUGGCAGACUGACCCCAAACAUGUCCCGUCGAGGCAGUCUCGAUAGCGUCGCCUCUGGUGAAAUGGUUCAGCCUCGGAAAGCCUUGGAUUUGGUCGCGCGCAUGAACGGGUUUGCAUUGGACCAUGGGGCAAAGACGUCAACGGGGACUGUCACUCCGCCGCUGUCAUCGCGAGCGUGA